AUGUCAACAGACGGACGUACUAAGCGCUCCCAGUCGAUAUGCGCGCCGGCGUCCGCGAGUAUGGAGGCUCUGGCCGCCCCGCUGGAAACCACUCCGGCGCCGAGACGACGGCCCGCGACCAGAUCGCAGUCAGCCAGGAUCACAGGCGGCCGCUCGGUCAGGCACCGGCGGCAGCAGCAGCAACAGCAGUUAGACAGGGAAACCAGGGCGAGGUACAGCUCGGAGCCCAGGCUUGCUGAGGUGGAAACCCCGCCACAAGUCCGAAGACAAGCCUCGGCUAGACGCAGACCGCCUCCCGGACAACACAACCAGCCGAGGAGGUCCAACGCGUUUUUGGACGUGCCAAAAACCACGCACCAACCGGAGGAGGAACCCGACGAAGAUUCCUAUAGACUACGCACGUUCAACAUCACUCAGAAAGGAGGCAUUGUCAACCGCGGCGAUUCAUUCCGGCGUCGCAGAUCAAGAUCGGGCAGUUUGGCGCCAUCGUCUCCUGCGCAGUCAGCGCCGGAGCCCCAGGAGCGGAGGCCCGUGGCCUGCCAUCGGGUGGCCAUGGUCGGAGCCCCUGGAGUCGGGAAGACAGCCUUGAUCAGCCAGUUCCAGACCAGCGAGUGUAUCAAUGCUUAUGAUAGACAAAAUGUGGACAGCACAGAAGAGAAGGUGUCAAUAAUGCUGAAUGGAGAAGAAUCUGAACUUUAUUUCGUCAACUGCACAACGACAAAGGAGGAAAUCGAACGCUCAGAACCGCCAGACGCCUUCGUGGUCAUCUACUCCGUGGUCGACAAGGCGUCUUUCCAGAAGGCUGAACAAGAGCUGGCGAGACUGCUGGACUGUGACAUGCUGAGAUGCAGGCCUGCCUUGCUGGUCGCCAACAAGAUAGACCUGGCUAGGAGUAGAGCUGUUUCCACACAAGACGGCAAAUGCCUCGCUUGCACAUACAAAGCGAAAUUCAUUGAAGUAUCGGUCGGCAUCAACCACAACGUUGACGAGCUUCUCGUCGGUAUCCUCAACCAGAUCCGGCUGAAACAGCAGCAGUACUCCUCCGAGGGUGGCCGGGAGUCCUCGCCGGCCCACUGGUACAAAUCCCGAGGGAUGGUCCGCGCUAGCAUGAAGGCGAGGCAGAUGAUCACGUGGAUCUUCGGGAAGGAAGACUCCAAGUUCAAAAACUGUGAGAACUUACAUGUUCUGUGAGUGGACAACGACGGGCCAGUGUUCGUCUAAAGACAAGACUUGGUGAUGUGUCGACGAUGCUUGUGUCGUUUUUGUUAAGUUGGCACACUGGUUUUGGUACUUGAACGAGGGUGAGUAACUGUUGAGUGCAAGUGUACUUGUUAGUGAAAAUUUACGUGAAGUAUAUUGCGCAGAAAAUAGCUUGCAAAAUAAUAAAGAGCAAAACGGUAUAUCAUUAUAUCAACUUGGAUUUUGGGCUCACCCCAAGAGAAUCAAGACAAAUUUCAAUAUGGUGAUGACGGAUAUUUUAAGGUUAGAAUUGAUUUUGAAUUGGCGCGGUUUUUAAAACUGGCACAGAGUAUACAAAAAGAUUCUCGUAGUUAUGACAUUACGUGUGUACAAUAAAUAUAAGUUACAAUCAUUUUCGUUCGAGAAACCGCAAUCAGUGUGUCGUUUAGUGUAUAAAUAUAAUAAUAAACGCCAACCUAUAAGUUUUGGUAUAUAAUCUUAUCAUCUGUAAAAAUUAUGUGCCAAUUUUUGAGAGAAUUUAAUAUAUACGUACUUAAGUUACAUUUAAGUAAAAAUUAAGUGAACAAUGCAGUAUUUCCCCAAGUAAUCAGAAUUUGUAAUUUAUCAGCAAUAUUUACGUAGUGAUGUAUAAAUUAGACGAUGAAUUGGACCAUUUAUAUAAUUAUAAUAGUAUAUAUACUGUAGUGAUUACAAUAAGUUUCUAUUAUUAUAGAACUAACGCUUAUAAUAAAUCAACUAAAUGUGAGAUCUAUGAAUCUUUAUGUUGAACACAUACCUAUAUCAUAUACAUGGUGAUUUUAAUUUCACAAAUUUGUGCCCACAGGAAUUGAACUAAAAGUAUUUGGAAUGAAUGUGUAGUCUAUGUUUGUUUAUUUUUUGCCUAUAUUUCUAAAAUCCUAUUAUUUUAUUUUCAAAUAUCACAAAUAUGGAAAUUAUAUAUUCUGAAGGCAAUGUUUAAUGCGGAAACAGAAUAAUAUCUAAACUAUUUAACUAUAACUAUAUAUAUAUAUAAUUAAAUAUAUAUAUACUAUAUAACUAUUAUCAAUAUGCUUACGAAAUUAAUUUCACCUUGUAUACAUAUUUAAUAGGCACCUUUUCUUACUUUCCUUAUAUCCUAAAUAUCUCAUAUAAGAUUGGGUCCACAAUAUUCCUUCCAUCUGCUAACAUAUCCUUAGGUUUUGUUUGUUCAUCCUAUGUAUUACCAACCUACUUACAUUUCGAAAUAUAUACUCUAAAAUUACUUUUAAUGUAAAUACUUGUUCUACAACUUUACUAUAAGAUUCUCCACUUACAAAGCGUUUAAAGAGUGAACGGUAAUUUUUCUAAAUACCUGUCUUCCCUUAAAUAAAUUAUUAUAUACGGGACAGAUAACACAGAUAGCCUCGAAGUAAGUUCGAGACUUGUGUUACGAGAUACUAUCUAAACGAUAUUAUUUCAAUAAAUGCUUAUAUAGAUAAACAUCCAAGACCCAGGCCAACCAGAGAAAGUUCGUUCCUCAUUAUGCCCUGUCCGGGAUUCGAACCCAGGACCUCCAGUGUCACAGACAAGCGCACUACCGCUGCGCCACAGAGGCCGUCAAACAGAUUUGCCAGAGGCCGCUUCCUUUUUGAUAUCUCACAGCUUACCCAAGACGAAUUUUCGUCCUGAUUUCCUGGGGCUUCUCCACCAGCAACCCGUAGCCAACAAUCCAGUAUAUGAGUAGACGAAGGUGAGGUGAUGGAGUAGACUAGCCAACAAUGUCGCAAAGACUGAAAGGCCACGUUCAGCUGUAUGGCUUGAUGAUGGAAUUGAGAUUCAAAUAGUGACAGGUUGCUAGCCCGUUGCCUACGAGAAGAAUCUCAAGUUUAUUAGCCAUUCCCUUAGUCGCCUUUUACGCUAUCCAUAUGGGAAAGAUAUGGAGUGGUUCUAUUCUAAACCACACGGUUAGUUUAUAAAUAAAUAGUUAUAUAAAAUUUGUUACUAAUGUUUUUUAUACCAUAUCCUAGUUCGUUGCCAAGUAAGUGUAUAUUAUUACAUUAAAUAUAAAAAAAAAACUUGUAAUUAAUACGAAUGCGUAUGCACUAAAGGAUUUGAUGUUGUAUCAUAAUGUAUUGUGUCUCAGUGAUAUUACAUUUUAUACAAGUAAUCUAAUAAAAAAAACUAUUAGUUCAAUAUAGCGUAUACAUAGAGUAACCAAAAAUUAUAUUCACUAUAAUUACUUUAAGUGUAAUUCGUUAGGUUAAAAUGUGAUCGUGACUUUUGUUAAUUUGAACCGAUAAUAACGAUUUUUGUAAACCUAUGUACCUAUAAAAACUGUAAUUAUUAAUGGCUGUACACACGACGGUUCUCAAUAUGACCAAAGCUAUAGUAAUUAUGUUUAACAUUUUGUCUGUCUGUAUGUAAUUCAGUGCACAUGAUUCCUCACAAUGUUUUCACCCGUAAUAACAGCUUCGGAAUAACCCAAACUAGAAAUGGUCAAUUCACGGUCAUUCAUCCAUUCAUGGUCAGAAGGUGCACCCUGGACUCCUCUCUAGAGAGGCGAGGAUGUCUUCUUCCUCCUGGCUAAAGUCCCGCUUGCAUCCUCGCCGCUCUGGAGAGGAGCCCAGGUAUGCCUUUGACCAUGGAUCCUGGAUUGGGUGAGUCAACAUCACAUUUCACACAUAAUCACGUCUAUAUCCCUUGCGGGGUAGACAGAGCCAACAGUCUUGAAAAGACUGAUAGGCCACGUUCAGCUAUUUGGGUUAAGGACAGAUUUUAGGUUAAAAUAGUGACAGGUUGCUAGCAAAUCGCCUAAAAGAAGAAUCCCAAGUUUAUAAGCCUACCCCUUAGUCGCCUUUUACGACAUCCAUGGGAAAGAGAUGGAGUGGUCCUAUUCUUUUUUCUGUUGGUGCCGGGAACCACGCGGCACCAAGGUGAGUCAAAAUUUCACAAAAAGCGACUCCCAUCUGUCCUCCGAAACCUUUGCAGGGUAACCUAACCCGUAUUUUUUUGUUCGUAAGAGCUUCCAUUAGUAUUCAAACUAACGUAGACUUAUAAAAUAGUGAUUAGUCCAUCGCCGAUGUGGGAUUCGAACCUGUGCCUUUCAGCGCAUCACACACUUUAACCGGGCACUUUACCGAUUCAACCACCUACGCUGUUCCUAGAGAGUUGAGGAUGACCCCGGGACUAAACCCAGGAGGAAAAAGAGGUGGAAUUAGAACUCUUGACCUUUUUCUUACAAGUCGUAAGUUUUUCACAGACAGUCCGAUUUAUUAUACUACAUUUAAUAACCCUUUUUUAGCCGUAAGAAUGAUAAAUUGGGAUCAAAAGCCAUAUGAAAUAUUAAUAUUAUAAUUUUAUAAUUAUAAUUUAUAAAUUACAACUAAUUUAUAAUUACAAUAUUAUAAUUUGUGUAAAUUGUCCUUAUUCUUCCAAAUAAAUUGAGAAAAAUCAUGGAAUACGAUUCAAGUCAGUGCCUUUUUAUUGUUAAAUUGUAAUAAUAACUUUAUACCUUUUAUUUUAUUUAUGUAUUUGUCAAAUAUAAAUGUAUACCCUGUAAGUGGUAAUUAUUUUAAGUUUAAUUGUUCCCCUCUUUCUUCUAUCAAACUCCAUCAAAUUUGUUCAUUAGAGGGGUUAUAUGUAAGUUGAACGUAAAUUCGGACAUUUUAUAAUUAAGAGACUACAUUUAUAAAUACGUACUAUUUUUUUUUAUUUAUAAUAAAACUGACUAUAGGAAAGCGGCUUAUAUUUUUCAAAAGAAUAAAAGACGGAGAUCUUAACUAUUAUUUCAUAUUUAUUCACAGUUCUAAAUCAUGGAUUCGAUACAUGUAUCUUGCCUAUGAUUAUGAAUUGUGUAUCAUGUUUCACAUACCUACAUUAGUCUUUUGACUUACGUUAUAAAAUGUCCGCAUUUGCCGUAAGUCUAUAUAAAAAUAGAUAAGUAUUAUAAAUGCAUUUGCGAAAUAUAUGAGCUUGCAUUGUAUAUAAAUUUAUAUAAUGUGGUACAUGAACAGUGGGCUUGUAAUUAUAUUCUAAAUGUUAUUUUGUCAAUAAACCAUAGAUAAUAAAUAAUUUUCUUAGUUUUUUUAGUUUCUUCAUUUCGGAAAGCCAAGGCAAGUCGCUUGCAAGUGUAAAGUUUCACACAACUUAAUAUUAUAAAUGCGAAAGCUUGUGAGUAUGUAUGUAUGGAUGUUUGUUACUCUUUCAAGCAUAUACUACUGAACCGAUAAUGAUGAAAUUUGGUAUGUACGAUCGCGUUCAUAUCUGCAGUCAUAGUUUUAAAAUUCUUACGGGUUAAAAUAGCGUGCACUGUGGUUCCACUAGAUACACACACACAUGCAUAUUUAAAAAGAAUAAAUAUUCCUUCAAAUGAAUACGGUCUUUAAUACCAAUGAUUACUAAGUAAAACAGUUUAUUAUUCUAUGACAUAUAACAUAACAAAACAGAAAGAGACGGUUAUCAACGAUGUCCGAACUGGGCCCGAUAAUUGUCGAUCGAGAUAUCGUCGUCUCUCAUUAUUUGCAUAAGAUUUGCCUAUAGAGGGAAGCCUGCGACUGCCAGACUUAUGUCAUUUCAAUAAAGUUGAAAGUUUGUCUGCACACGACCCUAACAUAGGUAGUGGUUCCUUAGAAAGUUAUUGGGUAGCAAUUUUAUUACUUCGUUUGUGCAAGUGAGAUCUAAGAUAUACUAGAUAAUCUCGCUUGCUCACACUCGCUUGUUCUAGUUACUAGCGGAUUCCGAAGUUAUUCAAGGAAUUUCUGUCUAUUAAAAAAAAUAUAUAUUGUUACUGACAAUUUUUAAUGUUUCAAGGUGCCAUUUGAACUAAGUAACUGACUGACUAACUAACUGACUGAUAUCUAAGAAUUACGAUACCCGUGUCUUCAAACACGGAAAUCAGUAAGAAAUAUUAAACAAGAGGGAGCAAAAUAAAACACUCAAUAAUUAAAAUUAGUAAAUUUUAUUGAAACAGUUUACCUAUAGUUUUGUUUACAUAUUGAUGAUUAUAUAAAGGUAUACAUACAGCAUAUUACACUAAUUUACCUAUCUCCUGUUAUUAAGGUUACAGCUUAAUUAUUCGUUUUCAUAAAGAAAAGAUAUUGAAGCUGUCCUUAAAAUACUAUCUAAGUAGUAGUUUUAAUAUAAACUGGCAGAACCUUUCACGCACUAUAUGGACUCGAUACACAGGGUAGUUUUCUUGCACAAAUGAUAUUGCAUAUCAUCAAUCGGAUAAAUACACCGCACAGUUGGUAACAUGGUUUCUUGCAGCACUUGCACAUAAUGAGCAGCUGUAGCGCAUCCUGCUAUCUACACCUGUUCCCCAGGUCCAGCAGCACUCAUCCAGCCCCACAUAUUUACAGAUAUGCGUCCAGACUCCAUAUUUGGCACAAUAUUUUUUUCUUCAUACCGAGUUGCAUUUCUUCGCCAUAAAUGAAGCCUACCGUGUUGCGAUGACGUAAACGAACUUUUUGUCCGUAAAUAUCGCCGUGUUCCAGUCAAAAUCCAAAUACUGCCGAGCAAAUUCUAAAUGUUUUUGCUUAUUUAUUUCGGAUAAAUACGGCUUUCUUGCUGGCUGUCUGUGGAAUACCUAGUCCCUCACGGUGCAAACUCGACGAACAGUAACCACUGAUGUGUCGAACUGUUCCGCAAAUGUUCUGGUCGGUAUGAAGCCAUUAUUUUCGUACUGUUCCACCAUGGAUCUUCGCUGUGUGGCGUGUCGCUGUGUUGAUUAGCGGACGACGGUCGCUGAGCGGUCGACUUUUUACACUACCCUCUUCUUGAUGGCGCGUUACCCAACGCUUAACCGCUUGUUGUUUAUUGUGUUAUUUGUGUGAAUGUGUGAGUGACAGCGGUGACUGCAAGCUAUAAAGUUUUGCGAACUAUGACUGCAAUUAUGAACGCGACCGUACCUAGCUGAAGACCCAGAAUAACACAUAAGUAGACUCCUUUUGUGUUACUUUGUGUUACUUUGAGAAUAUAAAUCUAUAUAGAUCCUUUAUUGUAUUAUUGUUACCACUGUAAA